AUGCCAUUAAGAAGGAUUGAAUUCACACCAAGAAAUUUGAGUGAAAUAUCAGGCAGUAUAUCUAUUGCCUGCUGGGUAAUCGUGUUUGUACCACAAAUUUAUGAAAAUUUCUAUAGAAAAUCUUCAGAAGGAUUAUCAUUACUUUUCAUUGUUCUAUGGCUUGCUGGGGAUGUAUUUAAUGUUGUUGGUGCUCAAAUGCAACAUUUAUUACCAACCAUGGUUAUAUUAGCUGCCUAUUAUACUUUAGCAGAUAUUGUCCUAUUGAUUCAAUGUCUAUUCUAUGGGAAUAAUGAUCAAGAUGAUGGAGUAGUUAUCGAUCCUGUCCAUUUAUCGCCUGCAAAUCCGAUCACGGAUAAUGUAUUAGAAGACGUUUUCCAUGAAGAAGUACCGUUAUUGAGACACACACGUUCUAGGCAUUCGAGGCAUUCAUAUUCUGGUGCUUUACAGGAUGAUACCAUCAUUAUUGACCAACAGUUACUAGAUCAAAAUGACGCAGUUCAAUAUAAUUUAAAUGGAGGUAUUGCAAAUCCCUCUGAUAAUGAUGAUAAGAUAAUUUUAGAAGAAGCUAAAUAUGGGUUCCGUGAAUUCUUGAUAGUAUCAUCAGUAAUACUAUCAGGGUUUUUAUCGUGGUAUAUAUCAUACUGUCAUAAAGAUCCCAAUAGUAUAAACCCACCUCCACCAUCUACUCAUAUGAAUUAUUUAGCACAACUUUUUGGUUACGUUAGUGCUGUUUUGUAUCUGGGUUCAAGAGUACCACAAAUAUUACUAAAUUUUGAAAGAAAAUCUUGUGAAGGAAUUUCAUUUUUAUUUUUCUUAUUUGCAUUCUUAGGUAACUCGACAUUUAUCUUUUCUGUUUUAAUCAUCUCCAGAUCCAAACAGUAUUUAAUUCUUAAUGCUUCGUGGUUAAUUGGUAGCACAGGUACUCUUUUGAUGGAUGGUGUAAUUUUCAUCCAAUUCUUCUAUUAUAAUUCUAAAAAGAUUAAGUUAACUGAUGAAAAUACAACAUCUAAUGUUUAA